UCCCUCUCCUCUCUCCUCACUGGAGCCCCUUCCCCCAACUUCAUCUGUAGCCUAUUGGUACCUUUUCUGCGCGCGGAAUAAUGUCCCUGUCAUUGGGGGUGUUUUAACCCGGUCACUACGUUCCGAAGUUGAGGAGGGUUUCUCUCGUUGCCAUGGAUUUCUAAACGCUAUUGACCGCGAUUGGGUCUCUGUGAGCGUCUUUGUAGGGGGAAAAGCUAUUAUUUUUUUGAAAAGGGGAAAGCGAUAGUAUCUUUGGAGAAACAGUCUUGUGUCAUUCCAGUUCUCCUGACCAAUUGCUCGCGUGCAGUUCAUCAGUAGUGGAGUGGAGGGCAAGCUUCAAACGAAUCCCUCUCGUGCAAGUGCAGAAACUCUGCGGAAAGGUCCCGUGUGUCGUGCAUGGCACGCGUUGAGAUGAACUGAGACUGUUGGCGGAGAGCUGCACUCCUCGCUCCAUCCUCACACCCGGAGCCAACAGUGUGUGUGUGUGUGUGUGUGUGUCUGUGUACACGUGUGUGAGUGAGAUUGUGUGAGUGAGUGUGUGUUUGUGUGCCUACGGAGCCAUGAGGUGGAUUGGCAGGCCGGGCGUGGCCCUGUUUCUGGGCGUGGUGCUGGGGCUCAGUGGGGCGCCUGGCUCCUGUCUCCUGGAUAUCCCGCUGGAAGUCGAGCAGCUGCCCACCAUCACUGCCCAGUCGCCCAACACCAUGAUCGCCUUCCCCUUUGACGAGAGCUACUCCAUGAAGUGCAACGCCAAAGGCAACCCAGACCCUGAGUUCAGGUGGACGAAAAACGGUCUGGACUUUGAUCCGGAGCAGGACCCGCGCCUGAUGCUGGAGGACGGCUCGGGAACGUUCAUCAUUCCCAACAACGGGAAUCUGACGGAGUUCCAGGGUGUCUACCGCUGCUACGCCUCCAACAAGCUGGGCACCGCCAUGUCAGAGGAGAUCGAGUUCUUGGUGCCUCAUGUUCCGAAGUUCCCAAAAGAGAAAAUUGAUCCCAUCGAGGUGGAGGAGGGUCAGCCUGUCACUUUGCAAUGCGACCCUCCCAAAGGGAUCCCCCCUCUCCACAUCUACUGGAUGACAAUUGGUCUGGUGCACAUUGAGCAGGACGAGAGGGUGACCAUUGGGCUGAAUGGGAACCUGUACUUCGCCAACACCCUGGAGAGGGACAGCAGGAGAGACUACUGUUGCUUCGCCUCUUUCCCACGCAUCAGGACCAUCGUGCAGAAGACCGCCAUGUCACUGGUGGUCAGGAACACUAAGACUGACUCAGGCUCAGAUAGUGGUCAUGCCAAUUCCAUUCUGAAGAGUAAACCCAGCCUUUUGUCGCCCCCUGGUGCCCAAACGUACAAACACCUGGUCAAAGGGGAGACGCUGAUGCUGGAGUGCAUCCCUGCAGGAUAUCCCACCCCAAAGGUGGAGUGGAUCAAAGUGGGUCACGGGCUCCCCAAGCACGCCCUUGUGGAGAACCACGCCAAGGUCCUGCGCAUCCCCAACGUCCAGCAGGAGGACGAGGGACAGUACAAGUGCACGGCCAAGAACGGACACGGCGGGGACACCAGCCACUUAUUCCACGUCACGGUGGAGGACCCACCUCAGUGGACCGCCAUGCCAGAGAGCCAGAUCAACAUGAUUGGCUCAGACGUGGUCAUCAAGUGUGUCGCCACCGGCAACCCCAAGCCCACCAUCUCAUGGAGAGUGAACGGCCAAUCACUGGACGAGGUACCUGCUGCCAACAGGAAAGUGUUUGAGAACAAGAUCAUCUUGGAAAGGGCCAACUCCAGCGACAGUGCUGUCUACCAGUGCGAAGCCUCCAACAAGCACGGCACCAUCUUGGCCAACGCCAACAUCAUGAUCAUGAACCUGCCCCCGGUGAUGGUGACGGAGGACAGUGUUCAGUACUCAGCAGUGCAGGGCAGGAACAUCAUGAUGCACUGCAAGACCUUCAGCUCCCCGCCCUCAGACAUCACAUGGAGCAAAGAGGACAGUGCUGACUCGGUCACAGGGUCAAGGUUUUCCCUUCGCAACAACGGUUCCCUGGAAAUCUCUGCGGUGGAGGAGGGCGAUAUGGGGGAGUACUCGUGCAUCGCCAAGAAUAGGGAGGGCUCCCGGGCCAUCAGCGCCUUCCUGGAAAUAAAAGAGCCUACCAAGAUAGUGGAGCCACCCCUGGACCUGCGUAUCCUGGUGGGCACCACUGCCCAGUUUGUGUGCCAGGCCGAGUUCGACCGCUCUUUCAACCACGAGAUGGAGACAUACUGGCUCAAAGACGGUGUGGUCAUAUCACUCAACGACACAGAGACCAAUAGUUAUUUGGUGGAGGAGGACGGGGUGCUUCAGAUCGCCAACGUGAGCUAUGAGGACCAGGGCAGGUACUCCUGUGUGGUCCGCAGCCCGGUGGACCAAGACAUUGCCUCAGCACAUCUGAUCGUUAUGGACGUCCCUGAUGCACCAGAGGACUUGAUGUUGUCUGAACUCAGCGGAAAGAGUGUGAAGCUGAAAUGGAUCCCUGGGGAGGACCACAACAGCUCCACCACAGAGUUUGUUAUCGAGUUCGAGGAGAGCCAACGGGAGCCUGGCAUCUGGCGCGAGACGCAGCGGGUCCCCGGCAGCCACACCUCCGCCCUGCUCAAGCUGCACGGCCACGCUGACUACCGCUUCCGCGUGUCGGCGGUCAACGAGGUGGGACAGGGGCGCCCCAGCGAGCCUUCCGAGAACUACAAGACCCCUGCGAGAGCUCCUGACAAGAACCCCGAAAAUAUCAAAAUCGAAGGUCAUUUGCCACAUGAAAUGGAUAUUAACUGGGAGCCCCUGGCUCCGAUUGAGCACAACGGCCCAGGCCUGGAGUAUAAGGUGAGCUACCGGCAGCAACAGCAGCAGGGCGCGGCACAGACGGCACAGACAGCACAGGCACAGGGCUGGCAGGAGCACCUGGUGAAGAGGCACUCCUUCGUGGUGAAGGACACCCCCACGUUCGUGCCCUACGAGAUCAAGAUCCAGGCGCGCAACCACAAGGGCUGGGGGCCCGAGCCCAGAGUCAUCGUGGGCUACUCGGGAGAGGACUUUCCAUCAGCGGCCCCUGACAACGUGGCAGUGGAGGUGGUGAACAACACGCUGGUGAAGGUCAGCUGGGAGCGCGUGCACAAGGACAAACUGCACGGCCAUCUCGGCGGCUACCGGGUCAACUGGUGGAGACUGCGGAGUCUACUGACCCCAAAGAAGAGCCACGGCGAGAAGAACGCGCUGACGUUUCCCGGCGACAGGAGCCACACGGUGGUUCCAGGGCUGCGGCCUUUCUCCGAGUACAGCCUGAUCGUCAUGGCGUUCAAUGGCAGAGGAAAUGGACCCGGCAGCCACCCAGUCACCUUCAGAACCCCGGAGGGAGUGCCAGACCAGGUAUCGGUGCUCAGGAUCACAAGCAUCAAGAAACACUCUGUGUCCCUCUCCUGGUCUCCUCCAAUCGAGCCCAAUGGGAUUCUCACAGGGUAUCUUCUACAGUACCAACUGAUCAACGACACGGAGGAGGUGGGCCCCAUGCUGUCGGUGAACGUGAGCGAUCCGGACACCAGCAAGUGGCUCCUGCAAGACCUGGAGGCCCUGAGCAAGUACAAGUUCUACCUGCAGGCGUGCAGCAGACUGGGCUGUGGCCCCGCCGCCAGCGAAGAGUGCUCCACCACGCCUGAGGCCAGCCCGACAAGCACGCGCUCUCCUCCGAGCACCACCGUUUCCCGCAAAGCCAAUGCCACUCUUUCCUCCUUAGGUCGUGCCAGCAUCCACGGAGGCAUUUCCACGCAGGGCUGGUUCAUCGGCGUGAUGUGUGCCAUCGCUCUCCUCACGCUCAUUGUCCUCAUAGCCUGCUUCGUCAACAGGAACAAAGGAGGGAAAUAUUCAGUGAAGGAGAAAGAAGACCUGCACCCAGACGUGGAAUCCCAGGGGAUGAAUGACGACACCUUCUGUGAAUACAGUGACAACGACGAGAAGCCCCUGAAAGGCAGCCUGCACUCCCACUCUCACUCGGCCAGCGGCGAGCUGAAGGCGGCGGAGACGGAGAGCGGCGACAGCAUGGUGGACUACGGGGAGGAGGAGGAGGGCCAGUUCAACGAGGACGGCUCCUUCAUCGGAGAGUACACCGACCGCAACCGCCGCAACACCAAGCCAGACAACAAGCCAUCACAACAAGACAACAACAUGGCCACCACAACAACAACAACAACAACAAACACACAAAUUACGGCAUGAGAUGUGUGUUAAGUGUGUGUGUUAAGUGUGUGUGGGGGUUUACGUGUGUGCGUGUGUGUGUGUGUG